AUGGACAACGACGACGAGAUGAUGGUGCAGCUGUUCACGGAGAAGCAGAACGCUCAGCCUUUCUUCGGCGUGCCUCGGCGUGGCAGCUCAAAGCCAGGCAAGAGGAGGAACAUCAACCGGCAUCGUGAAGCCGACGCAAUGCUGCUUGACGCCGACUACUUCAACGCCGACGCGAAUCAUUCACCGAAGGAAUUUCGGCGCCGGUUUAGGAUGAACAAGGAGCUGUUCUUGAAGAUUGUUCACGGCGUUAGGGAGUACGACAAGUACUUCAUGGCCAAGAAAGAUUGCACAUGUUUGUGGGGUUUCACCUCAAUUCAGAAAUGCACUGCUGCAAUGCGCUGUCUUGCAUACAGAGCUCCUCCAGAUACAGCCAAUGACUACCUACGGAUGGAUCACCUCGAGGACGCCGAGUUCCUGAAAACGUCCAUCGUCAACUACAAUGAGAUGAAAAUAAUCUUCUCGUUUGGCUUCACCACCGCAAGUACACCAUGGCUUGGGUGA